UGGAGUCCUAGAGAGGCACAUGGGAAGCUAGUUCCAGUCCCCCUCCUUGCAGUAGCUGCCUUCGUGUUUUGGGGGCUGCUGCUUGAAUGGCUUGAAGAGGUCUGGCAGCAGUGGAAAGACAACCUGGAUGCUUCCUGCUUUCUCUGCCAUCUUCUCUGUUUGGUGAAGGGACAAGAGACACCAUGCAGCCAGCUCAGUUCCUGGUUUCCUUUGAAGAUGUAGCUGUGCAUUUCACGCUGGAGGAAUGGGCUUUGCUGAACCCAGAGCAAAGGGCUCUGUACAAAGAAGUUAUGCUGGAGAAUUAUGAGAACGUGACCUUUGUAGUAUUUCUCAAGCCUGACUAUCUCUCUUACCUGGAAGAAGAUGAAGAUCCAUUUGCUCUGGAUUCAGAGGAAGAGGAGAGAUCAGCAGCAGGUGACUGGAGUGAUGUGGAAUAUUACAGGGAGCUCUCUGGGAUGUCGCUGGAAACAACCACCCAUGGAGCAGAAGAAGAGGCCUUUGGGACUCAAGAGGCAUCGGUGAGGAAGAAGGGGCAAGAUAAAUGCAUUGGUGGACAAAGAGGUGAGAUCCAUGAAAUAUCAAUUGAACAAAAGCAUCAUGAAGAGAAGACAGGGAAUAAGAGCCAUUUGACUGAGAAAACAUUCCACUGCAAAUCCAUCCCUUAUCCACCUUACAAAAUCCAAACAGGAGAGAAAGCAUUCAAGUGUUGGGAGUGUGGAAAGAACUUUGCUAACAGUCUCAGCUUUAAAGCACAUCAGAGAUCUCACACAGCAGAGACACUCUAUAAAUGCUCAGGCUGUAGCAACAGUUUUUCUGAUAAGUUGAGUCUUAUUGAGCAUCAGCAAAUUCACACAGGGAAGAAGCCACACAAACCCCUGGACUAUAGAAAGCAUUACAGUAAUAAAGGGAAGCAUGCCAGGCAUCAAUCUAUUUGCUCAAUCAAGAAACCAAAUAAAACUGGGGAAUGUCAAAAGCGCUUCAGACAAAACAAGCAGCUUACAUCACAGCCAAGAUCCUACACAGGGAAAAAGACAUAUAAAUGCACAGAAUGUGGAAAGGACUUCAGAUAUAGUACAUCACUUACUUUACAUACAAGAAUCCAUUCAGGAGAGAGACCCUAUCAAUGCUCAGACUGCAGCUGGAGUUUUUCUGAUAAAUCGACAUUUGUUGGACACCUGAGAAUCCACACAGGGGAAAAACCAUACGAAUGUUUAGAAUGUGGAAAAACCUUCCGUUUGAGUUCACAACUCAGCACACACCAAAGAACCCACACGGGGACAAAACCGUAUAAGUGCCUGGAUUGUGGGAAAAGUUUCACUAGUGGCCCAGGCCUUAUUUCACAUCAAAGAAUUCACACAGGAGAGAAACCAUAUAAAUGCCUGGAGUGUGGAAAGAGUUUUAGACAAAGCUCUGCCCGUGCUUCCCAUCAAAGAAUCCACACAGGGGAAAAAAGAUACAAAUGUUCAGUGUGUGAAAAGAGCUUUCGAUGGAGCACAGCUCUCACUUCCCAUCAAAGAAUCCACACAGGGGAGAAACCGUAUAAGUGCUUGGAAUGUGGGAAAAGUUUCAAUCAUAAUACACAUUUUGCUUCACAUCGAAGGAUUCACACUGGGGAGAGACCGUAUAAAUGUGCUGAGUGUGGAAAGUGCUUCCGCCAGAGCUCAAAUCUCAAUGCACAUCAAAGAUUGCACAAAGAGGAGAAACCAUAUGCAUGCUCAGAGUGUGGAAAGAGUUUUAUAUCAAGCUGGGCCUUAGCUAGCCAUCAGAGAAUACACACUGAGGAGAAGCCACACCAGUGCUUGGAGUGUGGAAGGACCUUCAGACACAGUGUCAGCCUAAAGACACAUGAAAGCACCCAUACAGGAGAGAAGCCGUAUAAAUGCCUGGAGUGUGGAAAGAGCUUCAGGCAGGCCUCACACCUUAGCAUACACCGAAGAAUUCACACUGGGGAAAAGCCGUAUAUGUGCUUUGAAUGUGGGAAAAGCUUCCGUGUAAGGUCAGGCCUUAAAAGUCAUCAAAGAACUCAUACAGGAGAGAAACCCUAUCAGUGCUUUGAGUGUCAAAGAAGUUUUCACUAUCGUGGACAACUUGUUGAACAUCGAAAAGUUCACACUGGGGAGAUACCAUAUAAAUGUCCUGAAUGUGGAAAGAGCUUUCAACACAGCAGAAGCUUUAUUUCUCAUAAAAGAACUCACAUAAGGAAGAAACAUGUUGGAGAGAAGCCACAUGAAUGCUCAGUCUGCAGGAAAGUAUUCCGGCGGCGCUCAGACCUCAGCAGUCACCAGAGAACCCACACAGGAGAGAGGCCUUAUUCAUGUACAAACUGUGGGAAGCGGUUCAAUCGGAGCACCAACCUCAUCUCUCAUCAGAGGAUUCACACGGGGGAGAAACCAUACAAGUGCACAGACUGUGGGAAAAACUUUUGUCACAAGUCUGGCCUGAUCAGGCAUUGGAGAACCCACACAGGGGAGAAACCAUACACGUGUUCUGAGUGUGGAAAGAGCUUCAGCCAGAGGCAGCACCUUAUCACACACCAGAGGAACCACACUGGAGAGAAGCCAUUCACCUGCUGUGAGUGUGGGAAAAGUUUCAACCAGAGCCAACACCUUAUAACUCAUCAAAGGAACCAUACAGGAGAGAAACCAUUUGAGUGUCCACAGUGCAGCAAAUCUUUCUGUGACAAGUCCACUCUGAUGAGACAUCAGAGGAGCCACCUCGGGAAGAAACCUUUCAAAUGUUCUAAGUGUGACGAAAGUUUUUAUCGGAGCAAACACCUCAUCAGGCAUCAAAGAAUUCACAUCCAACCAUCUGUGGUCUAAUUUCACAGGGUUCCCCUUCCCCCAAAUCAUGUAUAUAGACAAUACUUGUGGCAUGGGGGGAGUGGCACUGACUUUUCAUUAUGAUAAGGAACAGAGGUUGGGUGCAUUGUUUGCUGCACAGGUAGGAAGUAGUGUGGGGAUCCUAUAAGGCUGUUCUCUCAUCCCAUGGAACACAGCAUUGGGCAUAGUGCUUAUGGAUGGUGGACAGUUUGCCAUAAUGUGAAACCUUGGGGAAGCCACAAGCUUCCUCCUGUUGUUGUUGCAGUCUAAUUAAAGGGAUCCUCUUUCAUGGAAUCCAUGGAUCUGAGGUCCCCAAUUGACUACAAAAUGCUUGUGGCGAGAGGCAGACCUGACCACAAAAUACCAGAGUGAGGUCAUGCAUAAUUCUAAAAGUAACUCUUUAGCAUUUCCAGCAGAAGCUCUGUUUUAACUGGAUACCAUUUAAAAUAAACAUAUUAUUCAAAAA